CACGCACAAAACCUCUCCUUCUUCCCUGCGUCCGUUUCCUCCGCCGUUUUGCUCGUUCCCUCUGCACGCUGCACCGACGACGAGAUGCGACCAGGAAUCCGACACUAUUCCGGUUCGCGUGCGCCAGGCCGACGGGAAGCAGCGGCGACCAACCCUUCCUCUCUAAGAUCUGAUUUCUUCAAGUUUUGAGGUAGGAACACAGAUUCUGAUGGGCAACCCGGAGGGCACCCCAAAUAUGGGAAUUGAAACUUUGAACGGUGCGAAUUUUUCUUCAUGGAAAGAUUCACUGAUGCUAACUCUUGGCAUGUUGGAUUUUGAUUAUGCACUGAGAGAGCCUGCCCCUCCUGCACUCACUGAUAAAAGUACUGCUGAAGAUAAAAUAGUACAUGAGAGAUGGGAAAGGUGCAACAGAAUGGCUCUUAUGCUCAUCAAAAAUUCUAUCAGCAUAAUCAUCAGAGGAGCUAUUCCAGAUUCAUCUAAUGCUAAAACAUAUCUGGUUUCCGUGGAGGAACAAUUCAAAGCAACUUCUAAGGCACAUGCUAGUACUCUUAUUUUGAAGAUGGUGACUACUAAAUACGACGGGAAUAGCGGCAUUCGUGAGCACAUCAUGAUGAUGAACGACAUGGCCCGUAAGCUUAAGGGUUUAGACAUGGAGAUCAGUGAAGGUUUUCUGGUGCACUUCAUCAUGACUUCUCUUCCUGCAUCUUUUGAAGCUUUCAAGAAACGUGAUGCAAGUGCUUCUUCUGGCUCUAAGAACUCCAAAGAGAAGUCUUACUGCAAGUUCUGCCACAAGGAAGGACAUAGACAGAAAGACUGCCAAGACUUUAAGGAGUGGCUCACAAAGAAAGAGGAGAACAAACUAUUGAGUGAAGAGAAUCUCAAGUUGACUGAAGGUCGGAAAAGUCAACUGAAUGAGAUCACUCAACUCAAGACUGAAAAUGAAUCUCUCUCUGAAAAAGUGAAAUCCCUUAACAAAGAGCUAGGGAUACUCAAGUCCAAAGAAGCAGUGGAUAAGCUUCUUGAAACGACCAAACAUAAGGGUCGUGAAGGACUUGGGUUUGACCCCUCCAAUUCUAAAAGGAAAGGGAAAACAACUUUCAUUCCUCCUAAACCUACUGCUAAACCAAAUAAGCAGAAAGGGAAGGAAAAGGAAAAACCAACAGAAGUUCCCAAAAAGGAAGCCGCUAAGUACCCAGGUGUCUGGUACUUAGACAGUGGCUGUUCAAGACACAUGACGGGUGAUGCGAGCCUUUUGAGCAAUCUAAUUCCCUAUGAUGGUCCAAGAGUUACUUUUGGAGGAAGCAAUGAUUUUGGCUUCACUAAAGGGCUAGGAAAUUUGGUGUACAAGGGACUAACCAUUCAAGCUGUAUCUUAUGUUGAAGGACUCAAUUAUAACCUUCUUAGCAUAAGUCAGUUUUGUGAUAAAGGUUACUCCUUGGAAUUCUGCAAGGACAUGGCAUCUCUCAAGAACAUCUCCACAAAUGAAGUGAUUCUCACUGGGAAGAGAAUCAGAAACAUCUAUGAAGUGAUAUGGAACGAUGUCAAGGAAGCAUGUCUAAUCAGCAAAG